UGUUCAAAGAAUGUAGUUGAGUUUCCUUAUAUUUCCAUGAUUGAUGAUUGCUCCUACCCUCUGUUAAUGGUAGCGAUUCUUAAAUAGUAUUGGCUAACCAAACAAACGAUCACGUCAUGAACGACACACCAUCGACUGUGCGCGAGCCACCAGGCCCUGGAGGCCCAUUGAAAAGAACCAUCAGGCUGGGCCAUCCGGCUCCCAAGCGACUUCCAAGACCCCGAAUCUGCGAUGGAAGACUUCAUCAACUUCUUGGAAAGACCAAGCCACAGAACUUUGCGUCCAUGAAGGAGGCAGAGCUGAUAGAAUCUUUGAAAGCGCUCCACGAAGCUGCAGAAAUACAUGAAGAUAAACCGCCAUCUCGGAGCCCAACCAAUACCAUCGACGUCACCCGACCUGCGUGGGCUCUUGAAUUGGCCGAAACCCGAUCUCUGAGAGAUAAAUUCGAACAACUGGGCGCGGCAGUAGGCGAAUACAACACUGCAGCGUCCCGCGAAGGACGCGAAAUUGUGAUCAAGAAUGGCUGCGAGCUCAAGGAUGUCCUAUUUCAAGCGCAUAUGCUGCAGGAGAUUGAUUUUCCAAGCAAAGAAGACAAGAGUCUGGGCAGUAACAUACAGGCUAGUUUGCAGCAGUUUUGUAAAACGACUCUUCAUUAUGCCGCAGUCAUGGACACACUAGCACAACAUCAUCCUGAAUGGGUCAGCUUAGCUCGGAGGACGAUGAAGCUGUUGCUCAUGAUCCCAAUCGAGUACCAAAAGGUAAAGGAAGGCAUCGUCGCCAAUCUUGGACGGAUCGGGAAUAAACUAGAGCUCGUGAGCCUGCUGUUGUCUUUCUAUCCAUUCGAGAGAAUGACUGAUGCGGCCUCGGUAAUCUACGCUUCAAUCGUAGAUUUCCUAGGAUUUUGUUUGCGAUACUUGCGUAGCAACUGCUUGGUCAGGACCUUCAAAACGAUGGUUGCACCUUUUGACACCAGGCUUGGCCCCAUCCUCAAGACCAUUGACGACAGCUACGCCAUCUUGAGGCAAGAGACCGAAGUCCAGUUUAUGAUUUCUCAAUUUCAGAGGUAUUGCGUUAUACAGAGAGACCUGUUCGAGAUGAAAGAAGAUCAAUGGCGAAUUAUUGGGGUACUAGAAGGUACUAACGUUGCAACGCAGAGCCUGUUCCAAAAUCUUGUUCAACGCUAACACGGGCAACAAAGAAAUAAUUCAAAGGGAUGACGUGGAUCGAAGACAAAGAGUCAAAAUAAUUGAGGCGUCUGAAAAUCUCGACCGACAACUUUUGA